AAGGAAGGAAGGAAGAUACACAAGGGCAUAUGCCGACGCUAUGAGUCCAAGGGUCGAACCCAGUUUGGAUCCCGCACUGAAUGAUGGGGCGGGGCGGGGACCUUUGCUUGCGCCGGAGCUCGAUGGAGGGAUGGAUGUAGAUGUCGAGGAUGGGGGUGUUGGUAUGGAUGGGGAUUUGAAUAUGAUUAUGAAUGGGGAUGGGGAUGGGGAUGUGGAUAAUGGAAUGGAGACGAGUGCGGAUAACGGCGGUGGCAUGAUUGUUGAUGGCGCCAGUGAAGAUACGCGCCCUGGACACAGAUUCGGGAAACGACGGGCCAUGGAUCACACGAGUACUGGGAGGACGAACAGCAGUGGUGUCGGUAUCAGGGGUGGAAGUGGAAGUGGCAGUGGCAGUGGCAAUACCACGCAAGGGCCGCAAAUCGUGGACACGGAGCGCAUGAACAAGGCGUUUGGAGGAGAAACGUGGGAAGAGUUCCUGAGAAACGCGGGCGACGGCCAAGGCGAUUCCAUGGACAACGAUCUCAGAGCUCCGCCGCAUGUCACGAGACGACCGGGCGCGUCGAGUCGAGGUAAUAGUGGAGGUGCUGUCAGGUCGGGGGAGAGUCCGCUGCCUGCGAUUCCGGUGGGGAACGCUUCGCCACCGCUCGCGUCGCCGUCGCUGCAAUCACAUCAACAGCAGCAGCAGCAACACCACUCUAGCUCGAGGCGGAUACGUUCGUAUUCUGGCGUGCCGGUUUCAUCUUCGAGCGACAGGAGAGCGUUACCUCCUCCACCGACGCAUUCGCAAUCGGAUCAUUCACAGCUUCACCAGGCUUCUAGUGAUAGGAAAAGACGACUUACAACAGCGGAGCAGCCCAUCAGGAGAGGGAGCGGCGUUCAUAGUGUGGACUUGAGCCCUCGCGGUCUGCCUCCUCCGCCACCUGCUCAAUCACCAGGCAACGGACCUUCUGGUGCCGAAGCUGUUUCGUUGGACGUGGCAUUGCCUCCGAUCAGGCACGCAAAUCCCGUGAGAAUGUCAAGUGCGCCUUCAGCUCAAGCUCAAGGUGGCGGAGCUGCUAGGAGGGAGAGCGAUCUAGUGCUCCCACCGUGGCAGUCUGAUGCCGAUGCUACUCAUUGUUUUGUCUGUGGGAGCCAGUUCACUUGGUUUUAUAGGAAACACCACUGCCGGAAAUGCGGGCGUGUAGUCUGUUCGGCUUGCUCUCCCCAUCGCAUCACCAUCCCCCGCCAGUUCAUCGUUCACCCGCCAUCUGAACCUCCUAGUGUGCUCGAUCUGACGGGCGAAGACGAGAACGCAAUGUCUCCCUUUGGCCCGUCCAGGAACCCUGCUCUGGGAGGUGGCGAGGAGGUCCGCGUGUGCAAUCCAUGCGUGCCGGAUCCGAAUUACGAUCCCCCUCUGCCUCACCCGUCUUUCGGUAGGCCACCGGCUGGGCCAGGUUCAACAAGCCACUUCCCGCCGCGAGCUUCAUCUGAUAACCCCCAGCCAUUUUCCACAUCCAUCGCUCCCUUUGGCGCCUCGACGGAUUUCCGGCAUAUGGCUGCUGGGUAUGGACGCUUGACGCAUACAGAAGCGAUACAGCAGAGACCGCCGCUGCUGAAUCAGUGGAGCGGCCCUCCGCAUAACUACCAGCCCGCUCCACAGUACAACCCUCUAUAUUCAACCGAUCUCUCCACGCGAACCCACUCUCGUAACAUCUCGACUCCUCACACCCCUAGACUCCACCAAUCUGGCCCUCGCUACUCCGUCGCCGAGCGCCAUCCAGUCCCAUCCUCAUCCCGCAGCAAUUACGCCACGCAAGCGGGCUCUUCCGAUACAGACUUCUCCUCCAUCUAUGCCGCGCCUCCUCCUCGUCGCGAAAUCCCAGAAGAAGACGAAUGUGCCAUCUGCGGCAACGAGCUCCCGCCCAUGGGCCCCGACAACGACGAAUCCGCACGAAUCCAACACGUCGAAUCCUGCCUCGCCCUCCACUCUUCCUCCCCCGCGCCCAUUUCCACUUCCCAACCGACCCAACAACUCCCAACAUCCACCAGCCUCCCCAGCCAACGCACCCGCGGGAUGAGCAACGCCGCAACCCUCCUCAACCUCUCGGCCCGCACCAAUUCUCCCGCUGCUGCUCCUUCCACCCCUGCCGAGGGCGCGAGCAACACCUCCCGUCUCAGCAUGGCGGCACGCGGCAUGUACGUUUACACGGCCACGGAGAAGGACUGCGUAGACGACGAGGGCACGGAAGCGGAAUGCGUCAUUUGCUUUGAGGAGUUUGAGGCUGGGGUCCGCAUGGCGCGGUUGGUGUGCUUUUGCAAGUUUCAUGAGGCUUGCAUCAAGGAUUGGUGGGGUGUUAGGGGCAGAGGGGCUUGUCCUACGCAUCAGUUGCAUGAUUGA